AUGGCCUCAGAUCCAGCAACAUCCGCACCAGCAAACCUCAAGAUUCUACUUAUUGGAGACUCUUCUGUAGGCAAGAGUUCCUUGCUGCUGCGCUUUUCGGAUCAGAGCUUCCUCAGCGAGGAGGAAUCGUCCGCAACGAUCGGGGUGGACUUUAAGGUGCAAAGAAUCGAGGUGGAUGGUGUCAAGUACAAGCUGAGUAUAUGGGACACGGCCGGGCAGGAACGAUUUCGCACCAUAACCUCAUCUUACUACCGCGGUGCGCAGGGGGUGAUACUAGUGUACGAUGUCUCCUCGCGAGAGAGCUUUGACGACCUCCCCCGGUGGUUCACUGAGCUGGAGACAUACUGCGGCCCAAGUGUGGCUAAGGUGAUAGUAGGGAACAAGAUUGACAAAGAGUUUAGCCGACGUGUACCAACCGCCGAAGGACAGGCAUACGCCGAAAGGAUGGGUGCUCUUUUCCUUGAGAGUUCUGCAAAACGCGGUAUACACGUAGACGAAGUGUUCCAGACUAUCGUGCGCAAGAUUGUGGCAACCCCAGAACUAUGGCAGAAGAAUAAACCGGGCACGGCUAAUGUGAAUACUAUGCCUGGAGCAGGUGUACGACUCGAACAGCCAGGGCAAGUGGAGCAUCCAGGAUGUGGAUGCUAG